AUUCUAAAGGAUGCCACACUUUACUUCUCGCAUACAACACCUAACCUUGCGACAGUGAUACCAGCAAUGGAUUACAUCGACAAGAUGCUCACAUCCUAUUUGUACCACAAGAAAUAUCUGUCUUUGAUUCAUUCAGCAGUUUGGCUUGCAAAAAAGACACUCAACUGGUACUAU